AUGGUCUCCUUUCUCUACCCACGCAAGAACCAUUCCCGUCUUCCACACUCCCAGGCCUUCGAGAGCAUGACGAAACAUACACGUCGUCACUCUCACCCAGCAACAGAACAAACAUCUCCACAAAUCGAAGAACCUCAUGCCCACCCUGGCGCUGCAGACCUAGAUACCUACACAGCAAGCAUGCGCCGCUGGACUCUUCGCCAGUUCCGUACUUCCUUCCCUACAGUAUCUCAUCGCCUAUCCCGUCACCAAUACUCUUAUACGUCGUCUUCUCACACGCCUACUACUGUGUCUCCUCUGUACCCUACAGACUCUUCAUUGUACAACUGCAGCAUCAAGACACCGCGACCAGACAGUGCUGAAGCUGAAGAAGAAGAGGAGUUAGGAGAUGUAGGCACUACGCCUUGCAACACACCCAGAAACAGGGGCUUGAAACGGAGAAGCACUGUUGUUGUGGCUAAGGGAGCGAAAGUCAGAGAGGAAGUUGUUAAUGAGGGAGAAAGCCAGGCGAGGCUGAGGCCAGUGGAGUUGGUUAGGAGUCUGAGUUGUGCUGCAUGA